UUCCCUUUCACCACUUCCAAUCAAUUCUAAAGAGGAACCAAGUGAGAGGGUGAAGCUUUGAGGAGAAGUUGCUAUGAUUUUCUUUUAACUACAGAAGAAGCGUCAAGUGUGUUAUAUUUUUCUAACUCAACAUGGCUACUUGGCCUAAUUCUCUACAAAAAAAUUCUCAUCCGACGGAAUUGAUUAAUGGCGACGGAGAUUUCAAUGAGUCGGGUUUCGAGGACUUCAUCCGAGGCGCUGCCGCCUCAAUUCCGGUCAUUGCCAUCGUCGGCCCGCAGUCCAGUGGAAAAAGUACUUUGUUGAAUCAUCUAUUCCGUACAAACUUUAGGGAAAUGAAUGCACAAACUGGAAGGAGCAAGACAACGAAUGGGAUAUGGAUAGCAAAAGCUCCUCAUACUGAACCCUUAACUGUGGUGCUAGAUUUGGAGGGUACAGAUGGUAAAGAGAAGGGAGAGGAUGAUACAGCAUUUGAGAAGCAAAGCGCCUUGUUUGCUAUAGCAAUUGCUCACACUGUCAUCAUAAACAUGUGGUGGAGUGAUGUCGGCCGCGAGCACGCUGCGAAUAGGCCUCUUUUGAAGACCGUUUUUGAGGCUAUGCUAUCAUUAUCCUUGUAUAGUCUUGAGAAAACAACCCUUCAUUUUGUGGUACGCGACGGCAACAACAAGACUGGGACCCCCUCGGAAUUAUUAAAGCGUAAUUUGAAGGAGGAUAUCGAGAAGAUUUGGGAAGCGGUUCCCAAGCCCCCAGGCAACGAGGGCACUCUACUCACUGACAUCUUCAAUGUGGAGGUUACCGUGUUGUCCAAUUAUGAGCAUAUAAGACAUGAGUUUGACGAAGAGGUGGUCCAACUCCAAAAGCAAUUAAUCUCCCAUAAUCUUGAUCUCUCUACAUCAAAAAUUUCUCUCAGCAGUGCCAAGAAAACAUGGGAUAUUAUCAAAGAAAUUAAAGGCUUCAAAGCUCCACCUUACAGGCUCAUGGUUGCCACAAUGCGAUGUGAAGAGAUUGCCAUGGACAAGUUGAGGCUCUUUCAGUCUGACCAGGAAUGGUUAGAAAUAGAAAAAAGUGCAAAAAUUAAACUUGUGAUUGACUUCGGUGCGAAAACAAACUCUAUCUUGGCUAAGUAUCUCUCCGAAUACGAUAAGGAAACUAUGAAUUUUGAAAGUAGUACUAAAGGAGGGUAUGAUCAACAAGUACACGAAGCCAGAAGCUCUAAACGCCAAGAUCUGAAGUUAAAAGCAUUACAGGUGGUCUAUCCUGCUUACAACUAUACGUUAGAUCAUCUUCGAUCCGAGACACUGCUAAGCUUCACGACUCAACUCAAAGCACGCAGACAGAAUUUUCCACUGUCUGCAUUUGAGUCAUAUCAGACAUGCUAUGACUCUUGUGUGCUGCAGUUUGAUCUGCAAUGUUCAGAAUAUGCUACCAUAGAGGAGGCAAAUUGGAAGGAGGAAGCUUCAACUGUGCGCGAACAACUUCUCCAUGAAAUAAGAAACUGUACACUGAAUCAGCUAUGGGAUGAACUCUCCACUGGCUUUACUAAAAAAGUGAUUGCAGUUUUAAAAGAUAAGGGUGGGCCGGAGACGGACAAAUGGAAUAGUAUUAGAAGUUUGGUAAAGAGUGAGAAUGAGAAAGUCAAAUUGGCGGCUGUUGGUGUAUUUGGAACGAAGAAUGAACAAAUUGUAACUGAUUUAGAGACACACGCUAGAGACAUAGUGGUGAACAUUGUGAAAGAUGAAUCUGAUAAAGUCGAGGAACUCAUGAAAGAAAGGUUCAUUACUGCUAUAGCACCAAAGGACGAUGGCAGGACGCUGACUAUGGAGGAGGCCUACGUUGAGUGUUUGGAUACGUUGUCGACAAUGGCUGUGAUACGUUUAGAUGAUACAUACGACGUCGUACAGACAGCGCUACGUUCUGAGCUGCCUAAGGAUGCAAAAAGCGGCUGUGGGAUUUUUUCUUCACUAAAAUGGAAAAAUGUCCCUCUUCGAAUGACUUUGAUCACCCCAUUGAAAUGCAAAGAAAUAUGGACCAAGUUUAAAAAAAUUUUGGAGGGUCGUUUGCGAAUGGUUGAGAAACUACAAGAGCCUCAUCAGCAAUCAUGGAGGUUUUUUACUAUGGAGUGGUGCUCUCUUCCUAAGUGGGUUAUUGCAAUUCGUAAAUGGGCAAUGAUGGCAUUGAGUGUUAUUGGAGUUUCUCCGCUCAAACUUCUUCUUACCUGGUUCCCGAGACUCGCCAACAACUUAUCUUUAGCAUUCGGGAUCUCAAGUGGGAAAGUUAAGAUUAAACGAAAUGGGAAAUAUACGUACUCCGACACAAAUAAGGAAUUUAAACAGGGUGAUGCCCUGAGCAAAUAUCCUAUGCUGAUGAGAUCUCUGCACGACGAUUUGGAUGCUGCACACAAAAUGCUUAACAUAGCCGCACCGGGGGCUUAAGUUUACAAAUCAUGAAACAUGUGUCUUCAAUAUAGGUUUGAGUCUUUUAUUUGGAGUCUACUAUUUCACUUAAGUGUUUAAAUAAAGGUACUCUUUUCCCUACCCAAUGGAGGUUUUAACGAGGCCCAGCCUAUAUGUUUUUAUUUUCGUGAUUUCCAUGGGCUUAGGAUGUUUUCUUUUUUUUUUUGUUUUCUGUUUUUUUUUGUAUUCGAUAUUGUUAAAGUGUGUCUACCAUUCUAUACAAUUUUUAUGUCCUAUAUGAUAGAACACUUUGUUUUUCUCA